AUGGACGUCGCCGAGCCCCGUGUCAAUGGGACAACCACGCCCUCCACGCCCACCACGCCCAAGCGGUCCGGCCUGGCCCUAACUGAGUACACCGCCAUGCCUACACCCCCCUCGGAACGGGCUGACACGCCUACCUACGACGUGCCCGCCGACUUCCUCCUGCCGAACGGCUACCCGGACUACGUGCGCCUGAUCCUCACGUCGCGGGUCUACGACGUGGUCAGCGAAAGCCCGCUCAGCCAUGCCGUCAACCUCUCCAACCGACUGGAAUGCAAGGUCCUGCUGAAGAGAGAGGACUUACUGCCCGUGUUCUCCUUCAAAUUGCGCGGGGCGUACAACAAAAUGGCGCAUCUACCGCCCGAGGUCUCGUGGAAGGGUGUCGUGGCUUGCUCGGCCGGGAACCAUGCCCAAGGCGUGGCUUAUUCGGCGCGGCACUUGAAGAUCCCCGCCACGAUCGUCAUGCCCCAAGGGACACCGGCGAUCAAGCACAUGAAUGUCAGUCGCAUGGGCGGGAACGUCGUGCUGCAUGGUCCCGACUUUGACUCGGCCAAGGACCACUGCCACGCGCUGGAGAAGCAGCACGGCCUGACCAACAUCCCGCCGUUUGACGACCCGUACGUGAUAGCCGGGCAGGGCACGAUUGGCAUGGAGCUGCUCCGACAGACGUCCCUGGCAAAACUGCGCGCCAUCUUUUGCUGCGUGGGCGGUGGCGGCCUGAUCUCCGGCAUUGGCGUCUACGUGAAGCGGAUUGCGCCGCACGUCAAGAUCGUCGGCGUGGAAGCCUCGGACGCCAACGCGCUGGUCGAGUCCCUGAAAGUCGGGAAGAGAGUGUUGCUAAGAGACGUCGGCCUGUUCGCAGACGGCGCGGCCGUCAAGACGGUCGGGGAAGAGACGUUCCGCCUCUGCCAGGAAGUGGUCGACGAGGUCAUUGAAGUCAGCACGGACGAGAUCUGCGCGGCCAUCAAGGACGUCUUUGAAGAUACUAGGUCUGUGCUCGAGCCCGCGGGCGCCCUGUCGCUGGCGGGCCUGAAGAAAUGGGUCGCCCAGAACCCCUCGACCGACACGUCGCGAGAACUGGUCGCCGUCGCGAGCGGCGCCAACAUGAACUUCGACCGGUUGCGAUUCGUCGCCGAGCGUGCCGCGCUAGGCGAGCAAAAGGAGGCGCUCCUCACGGUCACGAUCCCCGAACGGCCGGGCUCGUUCGCGCAGCUCGUCGAGGCCGUCUUACCCCAGGCCGUCACCGAGUUCGGGUACCGCUAUUCCACGCCCGACCAGGCCCACGUCAUGAUGGGCAUUUCUGUGUCCUCGGCCGGCGCCCGCGCCAGGGAGUUGAGUGCCCUCUUCAACCGCCUUGCCGCCGAGGGCAUGACGGCCAAAGAUCUGUCGGAUGACGAACUUUCCAAGACACACAUUCGGUACCUCCUUGGUGGGCGCUCCAGCGUCACGGACGAGAGACUGUACAUGUUCGAGUUCCCCGAGCGCCCUGGGGCGCUUUUCAAGUUUCUGAGGACGCUACGGCCGGGCCAAAGCAUCACGCUGUUCCACUACAGGAACUAUGGUGGCGACGUGGGCAGGAUCCUGGCGGGGAUCCAGUGCCCGGAGUCCGAAAGGGAUCAGCUGGAAGAGUUCCUCAAGGACAUAGGAUACCCAUUCAAGGAGUGUACCGAGAACGCCACGUACAAGAUGUUUCUCCGCAAUUAG